AUGCACGUGACGGAGCGGGAGCGCGAGGACGCGCUGCAGGAGCAGGUGCGCUUCUACGAGAACGAGGUGAACAACAACCAGGAGCGCGAGCUCAAGCUGACGCGCUCGGAGCGCGCCAACGCCAUGCUGGCCGAGAGCAACAGCCUGCUCGACAAGUCGGUGGAGGAGCUGGCGCAGCAGCUGGUGCUGAUGAAGCGCGACCUGGAGUCUGCGAGCCGGCGCCUCGACGAGGAGCGCUACCACAACAUCCGCACCAACAAGCAGAUCAAGGCCGACACGGCCAACGCGGAGAACACACGCGAGGCGGUGGCGGCGCUGGAGGCGCGCAUCGCCAAGAUCAAGGACGACUGCACGUCGGCCGCCGACCGCGUCAAGGAGAUCGAGGACAUGAUCAAGGCGGAGGAGCGCUACCUGCACAACCUGGGCAGCGACAUGGAGCGCGCCAACAAGAUCCGGCUGGCGGCCGAGAGCCAGCUGCUGGAGCUGAAGCGCGAGGAGCAGCUGCAGGAGAUGGAGAUGCAGGCCAUCAACACCACCAAGGCGGCGCUCAAGUCGCGCAUGACUGCCAUCGAGAAGGACAUCCGACGCCAGCGCGAGGUGCUCUACAACCUGGACUUCGAGGCGCAGCGGCUGGAGGGCCGCAUCCUGAUGGCGUCGGGGCAGAUGGACGUGGAGAACAAGGAGGAGCUGGAGUCGAAGAUCCACGACGCGGAGCAGCAGCUGAAGCAGAAGCGCGAGGAGCACUCGCUGCUCACCGGCCAAGUGCGACAGCUCGAGGACACGAUGCGCCGCAUCCAGGCCAACAUGGGCAUCGACGACCGCGAGAUGCGCGCGCUGGAGAACCGGCGCCAGGACGGGCUGCUGCUGACGGAGGGCGGCGAGAAGCAGGUGGUGGCGACGCGGCGCCUGUUCCAGGAGAAGCAGGUGGAGGAGAGCCUGCUGCGGCUGCGCCUGCGCCAGGCGGAGGAGGCGCUCAACAGGGAGGGCGACGCGCUCUACUCGCUCGACAAGCAGCGCCUCGAGCUCGACAGCCUGAUGCGCGAGCGCAAGGUGGAGAUCGCGCUGCACUCGGACAUGAUGACGACGAAGAAGCGCUGCGUGGCGGAGGAGAGCGCGCGCCUCAACCUCGAGGUGAACCACCGCCGCCUGCGCACCGACCAGCUGCGCAACAAGUUCGCCAUCGCGCAGACGGCGCUGGGCCACGACGACGACGGCCAGCUGCAGGACGUGGCCACAGUGCGCGUGCAGCUGGCGCAAGAAAAGUACUUGCUGCAACUGAAGGGCGACGAGUUGGACGCUGAGAUUCGGAAAGCCGAGAAGGAAAUCCAAGCGCUGGAAAACACCUUGAAAGUGCUCAACGCUACCAACGACGCCUACAAGAAGAACCUGAGCGCAGUGGAGGAGGAAGAAUCCGUGAACAAUGUUUCGACCGCAAAUUCGGAGUCUUCUUCAGCUUACAAAAGAUUGAGAUUAGAAAUAUGCAUCCAAGAGAAAGUACAAAUACCUCAAUAUAAAUUGAUUAUUUCAUUCACUUAA